AUGGCGGCUAGAUCCCCUCCCGCGGCUCUUGUUCCGGGAGUGUCCUACUUGGCGGCUCGUGCACCACCGUGGACUCAGCUUGGUAACGUUGCCAUCACACACAACGACGCGAUACACGGCGUGAUCGAGACCGUUCCGGAGCCACACCGCAAAGCUGUGAUCGAGCAUCUACACAACUACGUCGGUAACACUAUAAAUGAGUGGCAUGGCGGCAUCUAUGGCUACAAAAUAAACAAGAUCGAGGAUUGGGGCGAAGGCCUGGACAUUGGUCGAGGAUUCAAAGCGACGGGAGAAUCUUACUCUGCGCACAAGAGCCUGUUGAGCCCUAGUCACGUCAUACAAGUCUCUCAUCCUGCGCCACCUCCCCAUUGGCCCUUCGGGCCGGCGACACUUUGA